AUGUCACAUCAGACGCAUUUCCCACAUUUUGGUACUAAUGCUAUACAUGCUGGCCAAGAGCCCGAACAAUGGGACAUGAACCAGGUGAUUCCGCCGAUAUCACUCUCAACAACUUACAAACAAGCGUACCCCGGAAAGCCAAAAAAGCAUGAUUACUCACGAGCUGGUAAUCCAACACGAGAUGUCCUGGAAAAAUGCUUAGCUUCUUUGGAGGAUGGUGAAUACUGCCGAGUAUUUGCAACCGGCAUGGCUGCUUGCAUGGCAAUUGCAAAUCUUUUGAAAAGCGGUGAUCAUGUUGUCUGCUCAGAUGAUGUUUAUGGCGGUACCCAACGGUAUUUUCGAAAAAUCUCGAUCCCGCAUCAUGGCGUCGAUGUUACAUUUGCGGAUAUGACAGAUGCAAAAGUUUAUAUGAAAGCUUUGAAAAGCAACACAAAGAUAGUAUGGCUUGAAUCACCGUCAAAUCCGUUGAUGAAAGUUGUGGAUAUUGCAGCAACUGUCGCUGCUAUAAGAAGCUUUCGCACUGAUAUUGUCGUGGUAGUGGAUAAUACAUUUAUGUCACCGUAUUUCCAGGUUACUUUCUAUGAAACCUUUUGCUUUUAUUCUCUCCCUCCCCUCCUGCAAGACCGAACGCUAGGGCCACGAGCAGAAUAA